GAGGGAGGAGACGGCCACGACACACAAUUCCUCGCUGGCGUCCACCCACACCCCCGACCUGUCCUUCCCCGGCUGGAGGCCGCGGGACUCCGGGGAAAGCUAGCCAGAGCGCCCAAGAGCCCGCGCUUGGUGUAACAGAUUGCCUUAUCUUGGAAGCUACGGGGCAGCGCUCAUCCUGAAGAUCAGGUGAUCCUUGGUAUCAGCCAUGUCAUCGAGGCCUUUUGAAAGUCCACCUCCUUAUAGACCUGAUGAAUUCAAACCCAAUCAUUAUGCACCAAGCAAUGAUAUGUAUGGUGGAGACAUGCACGUUCGACCAAUGCUGUCUCAGCCGGCCUAUUCUUUUUACCCGGAAGAUGAAAUUCUUCACUUCUACAAAUGGACCUCUCCUCCAGGAGUGAUUCGGAUUCUGUCAAUGCUUGUUAUCGUGAUGUGCAUUGCCAUAUUUGCCUGUGUCGCCUCCACGCUUGCCUGGGAUAGAGGCUAUGGAACUGGCUUAAUAGGAGGUGGUAUAGGCUACCCUUACGGAAGUGGCUUUGGUACCUACGGAACCGGCUACGGCUAUGGUUAUGGCUACGGCUAUGGCUACGGAGGCUACACAGAUCCAAGAGCCGCAAAGGGCUUCCUCCUGGCCAUGGUGGCCUUCUGUUUCAUUGCUGCAUUGGUGAUAUUUGUUACCAGCGUUAUCAGAUCUGAAAUCUCUAGAACGAGAAGAUACUACUUGACCGUGAUAAUACUGAGUGCUAUCCUGGGCAUCAUGAUGUUUAUUGCCACAAUUGUCUACAUAAUGGGAGUCAAUCCAACUGCCCAGGCUUCUGGGUCGCUAUACAGUUCGCAGAUAUAUGCCAUCUGCAACCAGUUUUACACGCCUGCAGCUAGUGGACUCUACGUGGAUCAGUAUUUGUAUCACUACUGUGUGGUAGAUCCCCAAGAGGCAAUUGCCAUUGUCCUGGGAUUCAUGGUUAUUGUGGCUUUUGCUUUAAUAAUUUUCUUUGCUGUGAAAACUCGAAGUAAGAUGGACCGGUAUGACAAGUCGAAUAUUUUGUGGGACAAGGAACAUAUUUAUGAUGAGCAACCCCCCAAUGUCGAAGAAUGGGUUAAAAAUAUUUCUGCUGGCACACAAGACAUGCCUCCUCCCCCUUCUGACUAUGUGGAAAGAGUGGACAGCCCCAUGGCUUACUCCUCCAACGGUAAAGUGAAUGACAGGAGGUCAUAUCCAGAGUCUUCCUAUAAAUCAACACCGGUGCCUGAGGUGGUGCAGGAGCUUCCAGUGACUUCACCGGUGGACGACUUCAGGCAGCCUCGCUACAGCGGCAGUGGUAACUUUGAGACGCCUUCAAAAAGGGCACCUACGAAAGGAAGGGCGGGAAGGUCCAAGAGGCCGGAGCAGGACCACUAUGAAACAGACUACACGACCGGGGGCGAGUCCUGCGACGAGCUGGAGGAGGACUGGAUCAGGGAAUAUCCACCUAUUACUUCAGAUCAACAAAGACAACUCUACAAGAGAAGUUUUGACACUGGCCUGCAGGAAUACAAGAGCUUACAGGCAGAACUUGAUGAAAUCAAUAAAGAACUUUCUCGUCUGGAUAAAGAGUUGGAUGACUAUAGAGAAGACAGUGAAGACUACAUGGCUGCUGCUGAUGAGUACAAUAGACUGAAGCAAGUGAAGGGAUCCGCAGAUUACAAAAGUAAGAGGAAUUAUUGCAAGCAGUUGAAGAGUAAAUUGUCGCACAUCAAGAAGAUGGUUGGAGAUUAUGACAGACAGAAGACAUAGAAGGCAGAUGAUACCACAUUGUUUGAGAGAUUAAGAAGUUAUUUGACAUCUCUGCAAUGUUGUCAGAAGGCAAAAUGACUGGAUUCUAACCCAGGAAGACAAACCUUUGUCACAUUACAUCCUUUUGGUGGCUUUACUAUCAUCAGUUUAAUAUCAUCAGUAUUGAAGCAUUUUAUAAGUAGCUUUUGAUAAUCAACUGGGCUGAACACUCCAAUUAAGGAUUCUGUACUUUAAACUUCGGCUCUUAUAUUGAGGACUGACUAUAGGUUGAGGUUUUUAAACCUUGAAGGCAGGUCCCAUGGUGAACUGUGCUAUGAAUUUGCACACUCAGGCAGUGUUUUCUUAACACCUAAGUGCACGCACUGGUUCACAUUGGUGAUCUCAUCCAUUCCUCCCAGAAAUCUGUUUUCAGAACUGUUAUUUAUAAUCAUUUCUUUUCAGGUAGGGAGACUGGGUCCCUGCAGUGAAGGCUCUGAAGUGAAUCUGCCUGUUUCCUGGCUUAUAGUUUUGGUUAAGUCUGUUUUACGACUUGACUCCAUUAAUUAAAGUCCCUCGGCCUUUCCCUUAGCUCCUGUGGCUAGUGCAUUCUAUCAACCUCCCUAUUCAUUUUUUUUUUUUUCUGUGUAUAAGUGGUUAAAAGACCUUUUCAUUGUUGUGUGCUCUCCAGAUAAUAAAGAUCAUGUAAAAAUAACACAUUGUGAAACUUAAAGAUUGUAAAUACAUACAGGUAUUCACUUUUUAAAAAUCACAGUUUAAACCUGGUUAGAAUUUGGUUGUGUAUUCUAAAAUUCUUUUAAAUCUUUUAUGGUUUACAUGUGUGUUUGUUUCAUUUUUUUAAACCAACUAGGCUUUUUCAUUAUAUCAGAAUAUCUGAUUACAUUGCUAAUUCGGUUGUGACUUGGAUCGUGUCUUAAGAGAAUAUUCAAGUUCUGUACAUAUUUUAUAAGGUAUUAAACCUGGUGUUUUCUUUCA